CGGUCUUCAAUAAAGAUGAGCCAUUGACUUAAGAAUGAAUGUCAAUGGAACGUACUCUUUGUCUUUGUAUCGUCUUCUUUGCUGAUUGAGUUACUUUAAUACCCGUCCAUCGUGAACGCGACGUCAUGGCCGAAACGAUGCCUGACCCUCCAUUCACCUUACCAGAUCUCAUGCUCACCCGCGCCCAAGCAAGUGACAUACCCUCAAUUCAAUUGAUGGUCAACGCAGCAUACGAGAAAUACAUACCCCGGAUUGGCAAACCUCCAGCUCCAAUGACAGCAGACUACCCAUCUCUGCUCGCAACCCGCGACAUCUUCAUCCUGCGCAUAGCUCAAUCUCCCGUCGGCGCGAUCGUUCUCCAGCACGAGCCUGACUCCGUCGCGAUAAAAAUCGAGAACUUGGUAGUCGACCCAAGCGCACAAGGUCGAGGCUAUGGAAAGGUAUUGAUGCGCUAUGCGGAGGACUUUGCGCGGUCGCGAGGUUGCAGUGCGUUGGAGCUGUACACGAAUGUCAAGAUGUUUGAGAACCUGGGGCUGUAUCUUAAGAUGGGGUUUGUGGAGACUGGGAGGAGGGAAGAAGAUGGUUUUGAACGCGUUUAUUUUUGUAGAGAACUGGAAUAGUAUGUAAACGAUAACUUUUAUUUAUACGAUGCUUUAAUUGAACGUCAUGCACCAAGCGACGCGCUGAAGAAACCCGCUUCAUCGCGUGCGCCAAUUGAUCACCA